CUCUCCGAAAGAAAGAGAGAGAAAAAGAAAGACAGAUAUUACAGAAGAAGCAGGAAUCUGAACUCUUCAGAAGCUUGAAAAUUACAGAAAUGGCGUGAUUUAGGAAAAAUCAAGAACGAAUGGAGAAUAUCUACAAGCUUGGAAGUUCUGAGUUCCCAUGCUCUGAUGAUGGAAGCUUCAAUCCUGUUGAGAAUCUGCAUCGGUUUGGAGAUUUCCCAGAUAGAUUUCAUGGGAACAGAAGAUAUGAGAACGAGAUCUCAAGAUCAUCGACGGUUGCAAUGUCAGAUUUCAUAAAAGCACAGAUCGCCAGUCAUCCAAAAUACCCAAGCUUGGUUUCUGCUUAUAUAGAAUGCAGGAAGGUCGGAGCUCCGCCGGAGAUUGCGACGCUUUUGGAAGAAAUCGGGCGAGAAAACCACCCGAAUAGGGUUUGUGGAGAAAUCGGAGCCGAUCCGGAGCUCGACGAGUUCAUGGAUUCGUAUUGUGAGGUUUUGAUCAGAUACAAGGACGAGCUUUCUAAGCCGUUCGAUGAAGCGACUACGUUUCUGAGCGAGAUCGAGUUGCAGCUUAGCAAUCUUUGCACGGGGACGUCGACUACGUGGAAUGACCCGUCGGAUGAAGCAGUAGGAUCAUCAGAAGAAGAGCUCAGUUGUGUGGAUGUGGAAGCACAGGAAAGUCAAGAAGUUGGGCCCCAUCCUGGUGAUCAGGAGCUAAAGGAAAUGCUCCUGCGUAAAUACAGCGGCUAUCUUAGCAAUCUUCGAAAGGAGUUCUUGAAGAAAAAGAAGAAAGGGAAGUUACCACGAGAUGCUCGGUUGAUGUUGUUGGACUGGUGGAACACCCACUAUAGAUGGCCAUAUCCCACGGAUGAAGAGAAAGCAAAGCUGGCGGAGACAACUGGCCUCGAUCAGAAGCAGAUAAACAAUUGGUUCAUAAAUCAGAGGAAGAGGCAUUGGAAGCCAUCGGAAGACAUGCGUUUUGCUCUCAUGGAGGGGGUGAGCGGCAACGGUGGAGCUCAUUGCCCAUUGUACUUCGACACUGGAACUGAUGACCCUUGACUCAAAUGGUGAAGUUUCCUCCCUAAGCUUUGUGAGGAAUUGUAUGAUCUUGAACCAUGGAUACUAGUAAAUUCCCCAGUUUACAUUAGGUGGGGUCUAUGGUUUGCUGGCCCUUGAUCUGAUGGGUCACCCAGUAGAUGCAUCAUGCCUAAAAAAAAAUCGUUUUCAUUUUUUUUCCAGUUGAACGUGGACCGUUGCUACAUUAACUGUCUAUUUUGUCAGCCAUGCUCCAUCAAUCUUUGGCCCAUCGAAUCAAUGGUCUGAUUGCCAAUUCAUGGGCUCUGUUUGUACAAGUUAUGCUUGGUUGAGAGAUCAUAUAAUUCCUCUCUGCUUCAAAUCCUUUUUUUUUUUUUCCUGCUUUGAACUCUUUAUGCAUAUAUCGUCAGGUUAUAGUGUUUUUACUUUCUUUUUAUUAUUUUUGUGGUGUGUUUUCUAAUGUCCCUUUAAAGUCAUUGAAAUAGUUUUGAUUGUUGUGUUUUAUUAGUUGUGUAUUUUAACUUUUAGCUAUUUAUUAAUUAAAGGACUUCAAUUGGAAUUACUGUACUUAUAAUCUGUAUAUAAUCGAAAUUUCUUGCAUGCA